AUGGCUGCCCGGAGGAGGCGGCCUUCCUUUCCAGGAGUCGACUAUGAGAGUGGAAGACUACCGGCUUUCGAGAGGAGAAGGAGAGCAAAGAAAUAUGUAUGGAGAAAGAGACACGGCGCGUGGGGGUGUAUGGGAAUGGUGGGCUUCGUUGUGCUCUUCUUUGGUUGUGUACACAUCGUCAACGUGUUCCUGGGGUACCUUCCCCUGAUCCACGAUGACCCUGCCGCCUUUGCCCUGGACUGGACCCAGCCCGACCAAGCCUCCACAGACAUGGCAUCAUACCUCCUCGACAUCACCAAAGACGUAACCCCCAUUCCCUGUCACUCCCACAACGACUACUGGCGCCGCGUUCCCCUCUACGAUGCACUUCGCUGGGGCUGCACCGGUGUGGAAGCCGACGUCUGGCUGUUCGACGAGGACCUCUUCGUCGGCCACAGCACGCACGCACUCACCCAAAAUCGCACCUUCCGCUCCAUGUACGUGGACCCACUCGUCAAGAUGCUCGACCACAAGAACGAGAACACCACCUUCCUCUCCACCUCAGACCUCACUUCAACCAACAAACUCGGCGUCUUUGACACCGCACCCCAACAGACCUUAGUCCUGCUUGUCGACUUUAAAAACAACGGAUCCCAAAUCUUCCCCUACGUGUCUAGCCAGAUCUCCGCGCUGCGCGAGAGGGGGUAUUUGACGUACUAUGAUGGCGAGAAGAGGGUCGAGGGUCCAAUCACCGUCGUAGCAACGGGAAACGCGCCGUUCGACAUGGUCGUUGCUAACUCGACGUACCGCGACAUUUUCUUCGACGCGCCGCUCGACCGGCUGUACGUCGAGCCCAAGGGCGAGGAAGGUCAGGACCAGGCGCAGUACGAUGACGGCGAUUCGACAUCGUCUUCCUCCGUUUCGACCACUGGCCAGGGUACCGUCGGCACAACGCCCGAUUCUCACUUCGACUCCACGAACAGCUUUUACGCGAGUACGAACUUCAGGAAGAGCGUCGGGCGUAUCUGGUUCGGACAUCUUAGUCACAAGCAGCGCGAGUUGAUCCGCGGCCAGAUCAAGGGUGCUCACGAAAGAGGGCUUAAGGUGCGAUACUGGGGCGCGCCGAAGUGGCCCAUUGCUCUGCGAAACCGUGUCUGGUGGGACCUAGUGGACAUGGGUGUUGAUUACCUCAACGGUGAUGAUUUGGCGGGGAUGACGAAGUUUGACUGGAGCAUCCACAGGCAUUGGGGGUGGUUUGAGUAG